AUGUCCUUCGUCCCCUCCGCUCUCAGAUCGACAUGCGUCCCGCAUCUUCUCUUGUCCGCUCGCACCCUGCACACUCGACGUUGUGUCACUACAGUGUGCCGAAACGCUCACGCGUCUUCCUCGCCAGCUGACACCCGACUGCAGGCGGCUCAACGCAGCUUCUCAACAACGCCUACGGUUACCAGGAGCUUGCUACUGAACGCUAGCAAGGGGAAGCAGCGAUGGGAUAGCCCGUUGCGCUCGCAUGCAUGCGCUUCGCGGUCACUGGGUCAGGGACUCAACGUCUCGCGAAUAGCCAAAACGUCCCCGCUCGAUGCCGCACGAAUACACCGGCAGCCGAGCAGCGCAAGAGGCUUUCACGCAACGGCGCGACGUGAGGCGCUUCCGCUACUUCCUGCACUAGGCGUCUUCUUCAAAGGCACAACAAUCCUCGGUCUUGCGACUGGCCUGUCACGGGUCCUUAUCUCGUUCUUUCCAAUCGGCACCUUGGCAACGCUCCGCAUGGCACGCGGUGUGACAUGGCUCGAGAAGGACAAGCGAGUCCCGGACGCGACGCACGAUGCAGAGGAGUUCUGGAAGAUGUGGUGCGAGGAUGAGCGUCCGAUCCGCGUAAAACCGCAGGAGGUGCCUUUCCUCGUCAACUCACCGCAGGAUGAGCACGGGGGUUAUGUUCUACCGAACGGCCGUGUUGCCUAUAGUGCACCCAUGCCUCGGAGUUGGAAACGCAAGAUUGGAGACGGCAAGAGCGAGCCUCAAGCGCAGAAGCGAGCAGAAGAGUACAAACUCAAAUGGGUUGGCUUCUUCCUCCCUCCUCUACCGCCUGCGUCGAAACGGUCGUACAGUGAUCUGAAGCCAGAGGAGCAACAGCAGGUCGAAGCUCUUCGUCGAUACUACUGCUCUCUUCGACUGUUCAAAGACCAGCUGCGAAAUUCGCGACUUGUCGUCGCAACGCUGAUCGGCAUUCCGAUUCUGCUAUUGUGCCUCGUGUGGCUGACUGGCCUGGAGCGCGUGCCGCUCACCGGGCGGUGGCGGCUGAUCCUCCUGACGCCCGAGGACGAGGAGGCGGUCUCGACGUCGCUCGAGGGUGCGAACUGGUUCAAGAGCGUGAUCGCCCUCUUGACCACGCCGGAGGCGCCGGCACCGCCGAUCCUCCCGUUGAACGACUGGCGAUGGGGCUGGGCUCAGCGCACGCUCCGCCACCUAGAGAACGAGUGCGUUGCCGAGGUCUUCCGCGUCACGCAGGGCGACACGUCGGCUCCGAAGGGAAAGGAGGCAACGUGGCCACCGCCACCAGAGUAUCCCCUCCUUCCACGCGCACGCGCCAGUGCACGGCUGCACGCGGCUCUGCCGGGAGGCGACAAGUCGGGCCAGGAGCACUUCGAGCUCGGCCCGCCUUACAGCUUGAUGCUGAUGGAGAGCCCCGAGAAGAACGCAUUCUCGUACGGCUUUGGCGCGAACGGCGCAGGCGGCAUCGUACUCUACACUGGCCUGCUGGACGAUAUCAUGGCGCACAAUGGCAGCCCGCCUCCACCGCCGCCAAAACGCAGCUGGCUCGCGAGCCUCUUCCUCCCUCCGCCGCAGCAGCCGACACACCCGACGCCGAGCCAGAAGCAGGACCUGCAUCUUGCCACCGUGCUAGCACACGAGAUGGCCCAUCUCCUCCUCAGCCACCACCUCGAAACCCUCUCGCACCAACAGGUACUCUGGCCCUCCGUCCUUGGUCUCAGCAUGGACAUGAUCCGCGCCUUCAUCUGGCCCUUCACUAUCUUCCUCGGGCCGACCGUAAACGACGCGCUCGCCAGUGUCGGCCGCACGACAACCGAAGAAAUGAGCAAGUCGCAAUUCGUCGGUUUCGACAAGGAACACGAGUACGAGGCCGACCUCUUAGCACUCCGCAGACUCCUCGCUAUCGCCGGGUACGACCCGAAAGAGGCCGUGGAGGACUUUGCGGGCUCGAUCGCGCAGCUCGACGAGAUGCAGUCCGAGACGGAGCGUAGGCGGUCGUGGUGGAGCUUGUUCAAGCUGUGGAACAACUCGCACCCCAGCGUCAGCGAGCGCGUUGGCAAGAUGCGCGAUGAGCUCAGGAAGUGGGACAAGUAUCGCCUCGAGCACCCCUUCGGGGACGGUGCGGAACAGAUCCAGCUCACCGCGGACAGACAGAAGCAAUAG